AUGAAAUCAUCACCUUCUACGAUAAACAAUUGUGUUGUUAUGAAAAUCGAUGACCGUUUAAUUGCAUAUAUAGAAUCUCUAGAAAAUGAUGAUAAACAAGUGAGAGAAUAUUGUCAAGAACAUUUACCUCAAUACAUGAUUCCAUCCAUGUUUAUUUUCCUCGAAAAGUUUCCUCUUAAUUCAAAUGAUAAAUUAGAUCGAAAACAACUGCCUAAACCAGAGUUUACUUUGAAUACAGUUAAACAUAUUGAACAGUCAGAAACAAAAUUGGAGACAUUGAUACGUGAUAUGAUUGUUGUGGCAUUUGAUUUAAAAUCUUCAAAUAUUGAUUUAACAAUGUCGUUUGAUCAAUUAGGUAUAACAUCUUUAGGUAUAAUGAAGCUAUUAACCUUAGUGCGACAGAAUAUGUAUCCUAAAAUUGAAUACAAUAUUCUGAUAUCAAAUCCAUCAAUUCGUCAAUUAGCGUCAGUAUUACAACCGUUGAUUGAUACCACUACUGACACCGACAAAAGUGAUGAAAAAUGUUUAAUGAGAGAAGAUAAAGAGUAUAAAAGUCCAUCAUUCACAAUCGAAUCAUUAGCGAUAUUGCUGUUGAUAUAUCACUAUAUAUUUCCAGUCUGGAUAAUACAUUCAACAAUAAUUUCUUUUAGUAAAGUAAACUCCAUAUUCAUGAUUAGUCUUAUAUAUGUCUUUUUUGUACCUAUGUUACAAUUAUUACACUACAAGUUAGCACAAUAUUUAUUGUUCUUUAAUCGUAACAUUAUAAAACAAGGUGAAUACCAACUAUUUUCAAGAGACUAUUAUUCAUGUUGGUUCUUGCAACGUUUAUGGUCACUAAAUACAUUACAAAUAAAUUUAUUAUUAGGUACACCAUUUUACAAUUGGUAUUUACGAUUGUGUGGAGCACAAAUCGGCAAAAAUGUUUUUAUUUAUACGUCAUUUAUUGAUAUGCCACAUUUGUUGAUUAUAGAUGAUAAUUGUUAUAUUGGUAUGGAAGUUAUAUUAAAUAAUUUUAAUUUUAAUAGUACAACAUUUGAAUUAAAUACAAUUCAAAUAAAUUCAAAUUGUAUUAUUUUAACUCGAAGUGUUCUAUUUCAUCAUGUUCAUUUAAAACAAAAUUGUUUUAUUAAAUCAAUGUCAGGUGUGACUGGUACGCAUGAAAUGAACACAAUAAUUAAUGGUAACCAAAUGUACGUUGAUAACAAUGGCGAGGAUAUUGUAAAAAGUAAUCAAAAAUUCAAUUCUAAUUUAUCAUUUUUACAAUGUCUCUAUCAAAUGUUAUGUCUAAUAUUUAUACUAUGUUUAUAUGUUAUUCAAAUUUAUUUAUUAUAUUCUAUUCAUAAUAAGACAUCAUUAUCAAAUAUGACUUUAAUUAUUGUUUCACCAUUCUAUCUCCUAUUAUUUUCAUAUUUAUCCUUUCUUAUUGUUGUUUUUCUAUUAAAAUUUGUCAUUGGUGAUGUUCAACAGGGUAAAUAUAAAUUAAAUAGUUGGUAUUAUUUACAUAAAAUAUGGUUUAGACAAUUGAUUGUAUUAAGUUUUAAUUAUAUAUUUAUUACUACUUUUUUUGAUAAUAAAUGGUAUAUAAUAAUUCUACGAUAUUUAGGUGCAAAAGUUGGUGA